AAAAAAAACUGGAGUCUGCCGGAGCGGCGGGAGCCUUUCGAAUUACGAGGGAAGGAUUUUGCGUGGGCGAGCAGCAAGUAAGUAGUCGGGCAUUCGCUCGCUACUCGCAUCACUCUCCCGUAAGUGCAGUGAGAAAAGUCCGUGAGAAGUCUCGGCGCGAGCUGCGCGCCGCGAGUUGCGCGUCGGCCGAUUUGACACUGCUAAACAAAAAAAGCUGCACGGGGUAUUAAGUCGGGGAGCCGCUCUCUCCACGCCAGUUCUCAAUCGUACGUACUUCGCGAUGGGUGAGAGCCGCGCGACCGUCUUCGGGCUCCUUCGAAAUAUUUCUUGAGGAUUAAGGCGGUGGCGUGUGUACCUACCUACCUACCUACCUAACUACACGCACGAAUCACACACGAAAGUACGAUUUUAUUUUCACACGCAUACAUCGGUAAUUAUACGAAAUUUAGUGACGGAUCAUCGCGACAUUUUUUUUUUUUUUCUUUUUUCUUCCACCAAUGCAAAUCAUUGCACGGUACAGUUCUACGCGUGUGUGUGAAUAAUUUGUGUGAAUCUCGUUCGUUUCGUUUUUUUUUUAUAUUUUGUUAUUAAUUUAAAAAAAAUUUCUCCUUGUUAUCUAUUGUUUCUUUUAAUUUAUCAUACAAGUAUUACUUGUCAUCGACUCGUUGUAUUAUUUUACACAUCGAUCAACGACGCGGUAAAUGGAAAUUUUUAUUUUAUUUCUGCUAUAUAUUAUUAUCGUCACCGACGGUUGUAAUUAUUAUACGAGUGAACGAAAUAUCGAUCGACCGAUGCAGUAAGCGGUUUCGACUGUAUAUGUAUAUACAUAUAUAUAUAUAUUAUCGAUAUAUCUUAUUCAUCGGUAAAACCGAUGAAAUAAAAAUCGUAAUAUCUACGGUGUGAUAUUUAAAAUCGAUAAACCUCCGUUACUACGUGGACUUAUCUGCUAUAUACUGGAUUUCUUUCAUCGCGAUAUUUGAUAAAAAAAAAGUUUUUAUCAUCCCACUUCGUGAAAAAUAAACACACACUUGAACGUACGUGUUAACGUAUCUUUAGGGUACUUGUAUAAAUAUAUGCUUACUAUCCACAUUAAUAUGUAGAUCGGUGCUAAACAACGCAGUCUGAGUCACGUGCUUCGAUUUGUGCAUUGUGACCAUACAUUGAUAAUAACAACAUCAUCGAGAAAAUAAGAAACAAAUGUAAUAACGUAAAACACAUCAACGAAUUAUUCAUAAAUAAUAAUAAUAAUAAUAGUAACCCUAUAAUAUCUGUGCUGUUUAAAAAGUUCAUACAGUAAAAAUAUACACCCCCUGUUAUAUAUUUCAGUGAAGUUCUUGUUACGUGUUUAAAGAAAGUGGUGGAAAUUGACGCUAAAUAUUACCAACAAGAACAAGAAGAAUAAUGACGGCGAUGCUGGUUUCCGUGGCGGAGUUGUCCAAUAUUUUCUCCGUCCUUGCGGUAUUGAUAUGCUUCUGCGGGGUCAUCCUGUUUAUCAUGAGGAAUAUGAUGGUACUUCGAGUUCACGGGGAUGACUUGAUGUUCGGAGGUGGUGGCGGCGUUCUUCCUCACGCGCCCCGGAUACCCCAGAUGAAGAUGAUGAAGGUUCACAUACCGUUCACCUUCAAACUCCACGAAAGCUUCAGAAGCACCUAUGCUGUCGAGUGCGAAGUAUCCAGCCAAGUGGAGUACUCGUUGCAGGCGAUUUGGGGUGUCAGUAUACGAGAGCUGCAUCUCGCACUUUGGAGACCUUGGAACGCACUCAGGGAUGCAUCCUUGAAGGGAACACUCCUUCAAGGUCAUGCUCAGUAUCAAACUCCACCGCAAGCUAGACAGCCUCACGGGGAGCAAACCUUAAGACUGUCACUUCCGGCGCCGGAAUUGGAACUGGGAACACCACCUCGCCUCUGCUAUCCUCUUGUGAUAUUCUUGACGCGUAUAGAUACGAGAGAUCUACACCCCGACGAGACGGUCGCUCUCGUCAACGUAGUUCACAUUAAGGACAGUGUUUGUACGUUACCGACUUCUAUCUUGGCUCAGUAUCUCAAACAGGCUAACGGGCAGUUAUCGUGCCUCAAGCAACUCUACCUGGCGACGGGUAACCCGACGAGCUACGAAGAGGAUGUGUCAUCGACAGGCCUGGGACCGGCUUUGGCUUUGGCCGAGCCGUGUAACAACACAAGUGGAAACGCUCGAGGAGGAGCGAUGGUGACUUCCGGACCGGGAGACACGGCGGAAAGUUCUCUGUGGAAUUCGGCUGGCGAACAGCUCUGCGUUGUCUGCCAAUACUUCCCGUUGUCGCGGGCUUUAUUGCCUUGCAGGCACACGUGCAUAUGCGCCUCGUGUUUCGGUAAGCUCGAGAGGUGCCCGAUGUGCAGGAGUCCGAUAAAGAGCUACUUCUGUAUACGAGGCGAGGAGUACAUGCCGGCGGAAAAGGAGAUGAAUCCUUACAAGCACAGACAACAGGCGCCUGGCGCCUCUCACUGGCUGCACGACUGGAACGACAGACUUACGGAUUUUCUAGGCUUUGCACGGUGAACGAAAAUCGAGGAGAUUAUUAUUCAACGACUAUGAAUACCGUUGGAAUAUUCGUCUCCCUGUUCCUUUUUGUCCUUCUCCUUCUCCUUCUCCUUUUCCUUCUCCUCCUUGUCUGAUACGCGGAAAUAAUUAUGUUCGUGCAACACGAUCGAUCAGGUUCAUACUUACCCGAGUGUCGUCUGGACGGUUUUUACGUUGACAAUUUGCUAUUUGUAUGCGCUCGGUUCGCGGUAUCGAAAUAUCCGGUAUUUCCCGUUGAUUCGAAAAUUGUGAAAGUUAUUCGUACUGGACGAGAAACAAAAAAAGAAAAAGGAAACAGGGAGACCGUGAAAAAAAAUUUCACAGUUCACGUAAGUCUCUAUAGGGUCUUCGUUUUCACCUACGUACGAAUAAGUUUCGGUCAAUUUUUUUUUUUAUCGAGACGAUUGAUGUAUCGAAUAUUUUUAUACUGCCAAUUAUUUUCAACGUUUUCUAAACUCGUGUCAGAAACGGGCCACAAGUUUUGUAUAAUCGUACCUUAUAUACUAUGCCUAUUACGACCUGACCACACAUCGUGUGUAGUAAUUGUAAAAGAUAUUAUUUCAUCGUUAUCAUUUAGAAAAAUUUAAUAUGCGUUUCGUUUGCUCUACGCGUUGCGAGGUUCGAUGUCAUCGUUUAGCCUUCGUUUCGUGAGGUCACGUGACGCGAUGAACAAGUGGAAUUUUUUUUAUCCACAGCUGUACGCGGUUCAAAGGCAGGCGCGAUCAAAACUUCAGUAACCGAAUCGUCUAAUAUCGAAGGAGGAAGAAAUACGUAUGCGGGUAUAUUAUCUAUUUUGCUUGAUCGUCACCAACGUAUUCGUAGAUCAAAGAUGAAAUCACUCCGGCUCGACUUCUUUUCUAAUUUAUCGUUAUUAUUACUACUAUUAUUAUAAACAUACUUUGACUAUUUUUGUUUUUCAAUGAGAAUCCCAAUUUUCCAUGCGCUUUGAGAAAAAAAAAAUAAAUGAAAAUGGUCCGUGAUCAAAUCGUUUCCGGUACAAGUCACCUUGACAGUGUCUAUAAGAGGCACUUGUGCAUGUUUGUAUUUGUAUAUUCCACAUUGAGACUUUUUUAUGUUUGCGUUGAAUUUUAGUGAGUUUUGACAAAAAAAAAUGCCCAUUUUUGCAGUGCUGAUAGAUAGGCAUUGCUUUGUGCUAGAAAUAAUAUUUUGAUUCCAAGGAACGGGCGUCAGUGGACCUUUUGUGUGAUUGGUUUGACGUUCGUGACGUGUUUCGGGGCCAUUCGAUCGUUCAAAUACAGUAUCGGUGUGAGCCAAUUUACUCCUGCUGACAAAUGAGCUAAAAAAAAUAGCUUUACUUGCAGGGUGUGACCACAGAGAUAAGACUCUACUAUUGGAAUAAGAAAACUGACAGCGCAAUAGAUAUAUAUAUCAAGGAUUCGCUGAAAUGGUAUUACCAAUUAUGCAAUGGAAUAUUAAAAAACAAGUUUGAUUGAAUUCAAAGCAAUCCCCCGCUUGUUAGUAUUUAAAGCGACGAUGCCACGGUCAAGUCCUUAAUAAUACAAUUGUAAUGAAAAGAAUCCUGAUAAUUUGCAAAUAUUAGUGAAUAAUGAUGACUCACACUGAAAUUUCGAGAAAGAUAUACAUUGAGCAAUGCACGCUUGUCACAGAGCAGCAGCAUUUCCCCUACCCACCACACUUGAUCCUAGAUACAGCAGGCAAAAUUUCGAAACAUCUGGUAUGACACAUUUUGAUUUUCUUUACGUUCGACGAUGCAGCCUCCGACGCACCAAGUCUGUAGUCUAUGAAUUGAAAUUGAAUCAACCAUAACGGUCUUGUAAAGGUCUUGUAUUACUAUUAAAUGUAUCCCUCAAUAACAAAUAGAGUCUAGCACGGAUCGUACCAAAAAUAUGAUUCAAUGUUUACUAUUCAAUUCGUAUCCAAACUGUGGUACAAUUAGCGAUGAAACAUGUACAGGCUAACAAAGGUCUCGCUACGCCCUGCAUGUACAGAGAUGCCCAAACAGAGACUCUUUUGAGACAGAUAUACAUAAAUGAUAAAAAGUAUAGGUAUUUAAUUUAUGAGUAUGAAACAGGUUGAAAUUCGGUCCAUUUAACCAUUCGAUUACAUGUAUAGUGCUCCUUUGCACCUGCCGUUGAGUAUUUUUCUUCGUAUAAGAGUAUAUUCUAAUUUUGCAUGAAUAUUUUUUUUACGUAUCACAUACUUGUAGUACCGUACUGGAACACAAUUAAGUAACGUACAUUUUCGUCCGCUUUAUGCAUAUUAUACUUUAGGUAUAUUACCGAUGUGGAUCGAUUUCUAGUUUGGAUAGUAGCAAAAGAAAUUUAUUUUUCAAAUGACAGUUAGACUAUGCAUCACUACAUGAUAUGAUAACGUAUAUUUCUUAUCUCUUCUUUGUUCUUAUAAGGUAGCGCAAUAAUUUGCGAUACUCAAGACAAGAUUACAGAGAUCACUCACUAGAUAUUAAGUUGUAAAUACACAGACUGUGAUAAUUCCGAUAAUAUCUACGUAACUAUGGAUGAUUGCUCUCCUACGAGAAGCUGUGCUUAAUUGUUUAGUGCUUAGGUGAAGGGCACUAUAGGACAACUACAAUGUAAUAUGAUUUCGAUAAUUUAUUUUGUAACAUAACUUGACGUUUUAUUAACAGCCCUAAUGUCAAUAUACUAUAUAUGUGUGUAUACUGUAUGCAUACUUUAUAUAUACAGUAUAUUUAUACAUAUGCACAUAAAUAUAGUAUCUAUUAAAGAAAUAUGAAUAAAAAAUAAACGAAAAAUCUAAAAAAAAAAAAAAAAAAAAAACGUAGUAAUAAAACCAUAGUACAUGCCGAAAGUGCGAAUUUGUAUAUAAAAUACAUGAAUACUAUUAAGAUCUGUGAAAUUACUGUAUUUUAUUGAGUAGAAUAAUAUAAUUAUUAAUAAUUAGUGUAAUUAAUUUAUGUAAUAGGUAAUAAUAUUCCAGUGAUGAGGAAUAAUGCUCUACCAGUACGUCAGGACUUGUACAUAAUUUAUUGAAUAAACAGUGUUACAUGCG